GUCAGUCUGUCAGUCGGAGUCCUGCCUGCCUGCAGCGCUCUGUGUGUCGGUCCGCUGUUGUGAGGAGAGGACUCUCCGGGGCACAGAACCCGACUUCGUGUCAACAUGGGUGUCAAUGCCCGCCUGAGUCUACCGGUGAUCAUCAUUGUAGUUCUUGGGUUACAUGCCAAAAUUUCGUGGCAACAAAGUAUCCGGCUCGUUGAUGGAUCGGGUGGACAUGAGGGGAGGGUAGAAAUUUUAAGAAAUGGAGAAUGGGGGACCAUAUGUGACGACAGUUGGAAUCUACCUGACGCCGUCGUGGCUUGCCGUCAGUUGGGGCUCCCCGGCGCCGUGCAGGCAACACAUGCUGCUCAUUUCGGCCAGGGGACCGGACCGAUCUGGAUGACGGAGGUAUUAUGCACCGGAACUGAGUUGAGUCUGCCCAGCUGUGAUUUCACCGGACCUAAUGAAUGUGGACACAAUGAAGAUGCUGGCGUUGUCUGUGUCGAGGGCUGCGGGACUGGUCCGCCGAGCUACUCAUGUAUCACCACAACGUGCAACUCCGCGGCUCCUUACAACAAUGGAGAUACCUGCAGUUACCAGUGCGCCCGCGGUUGUACUGGACUAGUAAGCACCUUCGUGACAUGCAAUAACGGAAUAUGGGACGGCACGGUCCCACGCUGCGAACCAAUAUUUGAAGAAUGUCCUCCUCCGCCAGACAUCGACUGUACAAUCAGGACCGGCUGCAGCGGCCCCUACACCGAGGGUGAGAUCUGCACCUACACCUGCAACGACACGUGCAUAGGAACGCAUACUGCCAUGACGUGCCGCGGGGGUCGAUGGGAGCGCCAGGCCGACUGGGGCGGUUGCUCUCCAAUACUUCAUACGGGAUGCGACGCUCUUCCACCAACCUUCACGUGCGCGUCCGUGUCCUGCACGGGUACAAACCACGGGGACGUCUGCACCUACGUGUGUGAUCGUGGCUGUACCGGAACACCCAGCACCAUGACCAGGACCUGCACCGACGGUGUUUGGGGUGGACCGGCAUGGAACGGUUGUCUACCUUCUUGCGGUGAUCCACCAGACUUCGAUUGUACAACCCGUUCCGGUUGCAGCGCCCCCUACGUCGCUGGUGAGAUCUGCACCUACAACUGUAACCGAACGUGUGAGGGAUCCCCCAGCACCAUGACCAGGAUCUGCCGUGAGGGUCGAUGGCAGGGUCCAGACUGGGCCGGUUGCUCAGAAAUUCCUUCAGGUGGCUGUGAUACUGGUCCCCCAAGCUACCCGCCGUGCAUCGAUGUAAUAUGCUUCAACCCGGGUCCCUACAACAAUGGGGACACCUGCGCCUACACGUGCGCCCGUAAUUGUACAGGGUACGUCAGCACCAUCGUGACAUGCAGGGACGGAAUUUGGGACGGCAUAGUUCCCCGUUGUGAACCAUUGACCUGUCGUGAUCCACCGCCGGACUUCGACUGCACAACUAUGACCGGUUGCAGCGCCCCCUACACCGACGGCGAGACCUGCACCUACAGGUGCAACGACACUUGUACAGGUUCGCCCAGCAUCAUGACCAGGACAUGCCGGGACGGAGUAUGGCAGGGCGACCGCUGGGAAGGAUGUCAUAAAAAUUGCAAAACCCCUCUACCCCCAUGGUGCACGAUCAGGACCGGCUGCGUCGCCCCUUACACCCAUGGAGAGACCUGCCACUACCAGUGUGACCGUGAAAAGGGAUGUACCGGCACGCCAGAUAACACCUUCAGGACCUGCAUUGACGGGACAUGGAUCGGCCCUGCCUGGCGCGGCUGCCAUCUGCGUCACUGCGGGUUUCCGCCCAAUAGAUUCUGGGCCACCUACACCUGUGAUUCACCGGGAGCCCCAUUCCCCUCCGGGACGACGUGCACCUACCGCUGCCGCCGUGGCUGCUCCGCCAUACCGGCUACAACCACCGCAACCUGCUACAGAGGAAGGUGGUAUGGAGAUAGGGACUGGAGAUGCAAGAGAGGUUGUGGAGCGCCACCUGAACUUGACUGCACCAAAAGGUUCGGCUGUGCUCCCUGGUACACCUUCGGAGAGAGCUGUUACUACCGGUGCUACAACAACGAGGGCGGGUACGCCAUGGAGGUGUCCGGGGACGCCAUCAGGACGUGUCAGUGGCCCGGGGUGUGGUCUGGAACGGACCUGAUCUGUGACUGUAAAGAUCGGAAGGAUUGCUGUCGCCCUGACAUCAUCUUUGUCCUUGAUUAUUCCGGAAGCAUGGGAGGGGACGUCCCGCAAAUGAUAGCCUUCGUUGAGGGACUGGUGGAGCUGUUCGACAUAGGGGAUCUGGACGCUCGCGUCGGCGUACUAAAAUAUAAUCAUGAUCCCAUCCCGACAGCUAUCCAGUUGGAUACAUACGACAAGUAUGACUGUCACCAAUUGUCUUUUGAUGCAUGUUGCAAUUUGUAUCAGCGAAAUACUUCGUAGAACUUCGUACUUUUC